AUGACCCCGAUUGAUCAGUCCACACAGAUGCGACCUCUUCCAGUGCACGUCAUUCCUCUCUUACUGGUUUUUGCAUCAUGUGAUGAUGUGUUGCGGCCGGCUGCAAUUAUACCCUGGUCCCAGUACCAGCAGCGUUUGAAGCAGGCAAAGGAAUUUCCGGGAGCAUAUUAUUCGGAGCUGGAAGAAAAAUUGUCUCCACAUCGACCUUUAUCCAAUGGUGUAUACAGGAGCAGGUGGCGGCAAAACGAUUCAAGAUAUGAAAAACAAGGAAUAACCGAAGUGAACUCUCGUCCAAGGCCGAUAAUCAGAUCGCAGUUAAGAAACCGUCUGCAAGUUGAGGCAACAACGACAACAAGUAGUUACCAUGUCGCAAGAAAGCAGUUACUCGCUAAGACCCCGCACACAACAGUCCCUCCAAAGACCUACCACAUUCCUUACGUUGCAAAUAACGCAAUUCCGAGAACCCAAAAUUCUUCUCCACGUCCUAUAUCCAUACCUAAUGGAGUUCCUGUACAUGCUGGGAUUUGGGAUAAUGGUAAACCUCAUUAUGUGACACAGAAAAGGCCUCAGCAGUUUGCAGCCGCAACGUUGGGCUCAGUCAAUCCGCUUAGCUCUUUUAAACCGGGACAUUUUGUUUCUUCUCCGCUUAAUACCGCAAUAGAGGACAACAUUGUAGAAUCCGUUUUUUCACAAAGUAAAGCUGCCUCCCAAAUCCCUGAUGCGGCACUUCAUGGAGCUCAGCUUACCAAGCCGGCAGCAAAUCCACUGGAUUCUUUGCUAGGCGGAGGUGCCCCACUUGAUCAAAUAUCAAAAAUCGCCAACAAUAUUUUGAAUUUUGGUGGAGGAGAUGGACCGAAAGGUGGUCUUCUGGAGGCAAUGACAAACGUGCUUCGAAGAAGCAGUCUACAUGCUCCCACCACUGCUUUUCAAGAUGAUCUUCCUUUCGGAAGUUCGCAACCGCAGCCGACAAUCAUGGAAAAGUUACUUACACAAGCCGCUUCCGCUCUAAACCAGUCGUUGAAGGAAAACGAAAAUAAACAAAAACAAAUUCCAUUGACAAAAGACAAAGAAGACUCGUUGAAGCUUUUGGAGAAUUUGCCAGAGGAGGAGAGAAAACUACUAAAAGCAGCAAUCACUUCAGGAGAACUAGACGCUGAGACACUCGGUCCUGCCUUGAAGUCUCUCGUAAAAGAAGAUACGAGGGAAGAUUCGAAAAAAGAGAAAGAAAGUCGACUAAUCGAAUGGAUUCGAGAAAAUCGGCCGACAAACAAGCAUAAGGAGAUUAAAGUUUCUGCAGACAAGCUACCGUACUAUGGAAAAUACUGUGGAAGUUUUGCUGAACAGAUAAACACAAAGAAGAAAUUCAAAUCUUCUGGUGCACUUUGGGUUGUGGAUGAAAGAAGAUUCAUCAUUUCGAAAUUCAUUUUCCAACCUGGCUCACUUCUGUCAGAGAAUGUUACGUUCUGGUUGGGACCACUUGUUCACACUGAAAAUAUACUUGCUGACAUGUUUCCAUCUCAAAAUGGCUUCUACGUGCGACCGCAGCCCAUUGAUGUUUCUAUAUUUGCACUUGAGGAAUUACCUCCAUUAAAAGCGAAAAUACGGAAGAUGUUGCCAGGAAACACCCUUUUCAAUGGAACCCAACCUAUCGAACCGGUCAAAGAUAAGGAAAAGAAAGUGACUGAUAUCCUUCGGGUGAAGAGAGAUGCCUCAGGAGAAACUCCGGAGAAAGCUGGAUUGGUUGCAAGCGGUAACGUUAAAAAACCUGUGGAAUUAGUGCUGAAGGGAGGCACAGUGCAGCUAAGCGAAGGGAAUCUAAGAAGUGUGCUACAGACCACACAACAAGAUGAAAUGAGUAACCCAAGCUCGUCCUACUCAUCUUUUAACACAAUUGGACCAGCUGGAUUUAGAGUUCUUCAGCCUGAAGACGAAAGGAUCAAUUACAGCAAUGCGCAACCACUGGAAUGGUUUGCUGGCUUCCAACCUCUUCUCCUCACACUUCCGGAAGGAAGAACAACCAAAUCUAUUCAUUGGGUAUCGUUGAGGGAUCAUAAGCGCCAUGAAACAGUGGCUUCCGUACUACUUCCGAAUGGACCCGCGUUUCAGAUUCCUGGCGUAGUGAAUUUACGUGGUCUUUCACCAAACGGUGGAUUUAACGCCAGCUCUGGACCAAUCACUGUGGUUGAUGUUAAAACGAUGGAAAUCAGUAAUUUUACGUUAAAAACCGGAGGGGCUGCCGUAUGGUUCAUGAUCGGGAAGGAUAUACUUCCGAACGCACAAGGCCAUAUCGUUCCAAUCUACGAUUCUACGUUCAAACUGUUUGACUGUGAAUCGCUGCGAGAUUACUACGGAGAGACGGUAUUGUUGCGACUUCCGGGAAACCUAGAUGUUAAGGACGUCUUUUGGUUCUCUGUGUUCUCCAUAACUAACGCAGUAUCGUAUAGUCAUAUCUACUUGCCAUAUAAUGAUAUGCAGCUUCCACCUGAUAUGAAUGGUAUUCCGACACCAUCGUGCAGAUACACGCAAUGA